UUGUAUCAGUUACAUUUUAGUUACUGCUCAAACAAGGGAAAAUUAAGGAUAUGUAGUCCAUCUGCCUUUAACAACCUUUUAUCUCAAAGCCACCAAAACUCAAGGGAAACCUCUCAUUCUGCUCAACUUUGGAAGUCCCUCAGAGUAUGUGUGUGUAGUGUGUGUCUUAAGAGAGGCAAAAUGAAGUCUCAAGCACUUCCUCUAUCCCUCAAAAAACCUGAGAAAAGUUGAGACAAACAUCAUUAAAAGAAACACAAGAAAAAAGUACAUCAUACAUGGCUACAAAGGUGGAUGCAGUGUCCGCAGGGAACAAGUACAUUGUGUGUCAAAACACAGACAACAUUGCCACCCUCGGAAUCUUGCAAAGGAAUCCUUUAAACUAUUCUGUUCCUCUCAUUCUGCUGCAGUUUUCUUUGAUCUCUUUAACAUCUCAGAUGAUUGAGUUCUGCCUCCAUCCUCUCGGACAAUCAUCUAUCGUUGCGCAAAUUCUUGGGGGUGUACUAUACGGCCCUUCUGUAUUAGGACACGAUGCCUUAAUCGGGAUGGCUCUAUUUCCUGCAAGAAGCGUGUUGACACUCCGAACAGCUGCCAUUUUCGGUAUUAUGUUCUUCUUCUUUGCUGUUGGUGUGAAGUCGGAUAGUAGGAUGAUGGUCCGGCCAGGGAGACGGGCUGCAGUUAUUGGCAUCUCGGCCAUGCUUUUCACAUUGUUUCUGACCAUAUCGUUUGCUUUUCUCUUGAUAAAGUAUGUCCAUAUGGAUGAUUCGCUUUCAUCUUCACUGGUGUUGAUAGCAGCAUCUCAGGGUCUAACUGCAUUCCCAAAUAUAGCUUGCCUCCUAGCUGAGCUUCAGUUGUCAAGCAGCGAUUUGGGCCGGAUAGCAACUGCCGCAGCUAUGGUAUGUGACAUCCUUGGAAUGGGGCUUGUUGCUGUAACACUUGGAGUAGUUCAAUCUGGGAGUGAGCCGGUGAAAUCUGCUUUGUCGGUCAUUUCGAUGCUUCUGUUCGUGAUUGGUAUGGUGUACGUCGUUGGGCCAAUAAUACGUAUGGUUAUAAGGUCAAUACCGGCUGGAAAACCUUUAGCUGAUCGGUAUGUGUUCUUCUGUUUUGCUGGUACUCUUGUGACUGCCUUUUUAACAGAGGUGAUUGGGCAGCAUUUUAUUCUUGGACCAUUAGUCUUUGGCUUACUGACGCCGGAUGGGCAGCCGUUAGGUUCACCCAUCGUCUCAAAACUAGAUUACCCGAUCGGGAAGUUUCUUUACCCGACGUUUCUGACCACCAGUGGGCUAAAAACCAACAUUUUCAAGAUUAAUCGCUGGUCUCUGUUGAUUGUGGUACUGCUGAUAAUCUUUUCUUGCAUAUCCAAGAUUGCUGCUGUGGCGUUCUCGUCUCGUUUUUUUGACAUAAGAUUUAAAGACUCAGUUGUGAUUGGGCUUAUGCUGAAUGCAAGAGGGAUUUGUGAACUGAUUCUGUACAAUCUGUUUAGGGACAAUGGGGUCCUAACAGAUCAGGAGUUUGCGCUGUGUGUUAUAUCAGUUGUAGGGGUCACUGCAGUCAUAACUCCUCUGAUUAAACUACUCUACGAUCCUUCAAAACAAUACCUUCCAAGUAAGAGGAGAACUAUUCAACACAUGAAAUCUGAUGCUGAGCUCCGAAUAGUAGUCUGCAUAAAAAACCAAGAGAGCGUACCUUCAAUCGUAAACCUACUGGAAGCGUCUGAUGCAACAGAAGAAAGCCCUAUUGCUGUCCUGGCACUCCUACUAGUCGAGCUAGUGGGUCGAACCACCCCCAUGCUCGCUGCUCACCAAUCAACACAAGCCAUUCAAUCCACAAACUCUCAGUCGGGCCACAUUCUUGGCGCUCUUCGCCAAUAUCAGCUCUGCCAUGAAACCUGUGUCACGGUCCAGUCAUUCAGUGUCUUCUCACACCUGAACUCGACACAGGACGACAUUUGCCGGGUGGCUAGAGACCAGAAAGCUAACAUAGUCAUUUUACCAUUUCACAAGCGCUGGGAAAUAGAUGGCUCCAUUGGGUCACAGGACAGGACCGUGCAGAAUAUGAACAUCAAAAUCAUGGAAAGGGCACCAUGCUCAGUAGGGAUUCUUGUCGACCGAGGAAUCCUGACUGGAUCAACGUCCAUCCUGAGUAACCAAUCCAUCUACCAGGUUGCUGUGAUAUACAUUGGUGGACCAGAUGAUGCAGAAUCCCUAUUUUAUGCAGCCCGUAUGGGGAGACGUAACAAUGUCUCCCUAACUAUACUUCGGUUCUUGCUCUUCGGGUGUGACACAGCUAGAGAAAGGAAACAAGACAACAACCUGAUAGAUGAAGUGCGCCAAGCUAACAUGUUGAAUCAGAACAAUUUCAAAUACCAAGAACGAGUUGUGAAAGACGGGGUCGGCCUAGCAGCAUCACUCAGAGGACUAGAGGAUAGCUUUAAUUUGCUGCUUGUUGGGAGGCACCACCAUGCAUCUCAGAUACUGAUGGGGCUUGGGGCUUGGAGUGAGUGCCCGGAGCUUGGGGUGGUGGGUGACAUUUUAGCAUCACCAGAUUUUGGAAGCACUGCCUCGGUGUUGGUGGUGCAACAGCAAAGACUACGUGGAGAAAAGCUUGGGAAUAGACUGAUGAGACCGAUGGUCAUUAGCCAUGAAUCAAUGCACGAUCCAACACCUCCUGGAGCUGCUGCAACUGCAACUAGUAAUAUGAAUCCUAGAUUGGAAAUUUCUAUAGAUCGUGAAUAGGGCUUAGCCGUUAGGAUUCAGAAUAGGAGUUUUAUGGGCUUGUACUAAGGAGGAGUGGUUAGGAAUCAAAGGUUAGGUUCUCUUUUAUAAACUUAUUAACCAGGUUAAAAAAGAUUGAACCAGAACCAGAUGUAAAGAAGCAGAAAACUGGCAAGAACCUUGAUUCUUCUGCAGUUAGAUACACUUUCAAUCUUUCACGA